GCGCAACACCUUCGUCCUUCCCCUCAUCCGCAAGCACCAUGCUGCCUUCAAUACCCCUCUUCUCGGCUGUCGUCAGCCAGCCAUUCAAGCGAUCCCAGCUCGGCCUCUUCCACGGCAAAAUGAAGCAGAGCGGGAACAGCGUCCCCUUCUCGAAGAACAAGACCAAGCGGACGUGGCUCCCCAACGUGCACACGAAGCGGAUCUUCUCCGAGGCGCUGGGCGAGAAGAUCAAGCUGAAGCUCACGACGAAGGCGAUGCGCACGAUUAAAAAGUACGGCGGAUUGGAGCGCGGGCUGGACGCGUAUUUGUUGAAGACAAAGUCGGAUUAUCUUGGGUACGAGGGAAUGCGGUUGAGGGUGCUUGUGGAGGAGAAGUUGGCGCAGAAGAGUCUGGGUGCUCAAGCCCCUGCGGCGGAGGCUGCACAACCGAGUGUAACGGAGGUCCUGCCCGAGUCCCCGUCAAGCCCUGUGGAGGGUGCACCAACAGCAUGAGGUCUCCUGACAUAAAAACAAUAUCCGCCGCUUCGGUCUCUCUGGCCGUCCGGAUCGUGACCUUCUGCCCCUGCAAUUCACUUCACGACGUUGCAUAUGGUAUCCGUUGCCAGUGGACGUCGUAAGUGAUAGGUAACAAGCAAAGAUGACAAACUUCUGUGGUAAUCGCGGAGGCGCCCAUACCGUAUGCGUCUAUCGCUCAUGAGGAAGACUCCUAGCAGAGUUGAUUGACUGAGCAUGUACACGGUAUACUAUAUAUUACGGCAAAGCGAGCGGAUGCAGGAAGUGAGUGAUCGCGAUGUCAGGUGGAGGAGGCGUAGGAACCGAUUCUAUCAUACGAAACAGAGAAAUCUCGAAAGUCAUAAAGUUAGCCUAAAAUCAGGAAAGAGAGAGAGGACCGACCAAGAAAGAUGAGGGAAAUACAAGAGGAAUAACCGACCAUUAUAAAGACCUUAUCCUACCGCUGUCCUUCUAUCAUACCACGCUCAAGCCUUCCCAACCCCGCUCUCUGUCCGUGGGGGGACGAUGUUGAUGAUAGGACGCUCCCUCUCUUGCCUCCUCAACAAUAAAUUAGGCGUCCCGGGGCGACUCGUGUGCACAGCGCCAAGCUUGUGCCGCGACCACCAGCCCUUAUGCUUCCCACUCGCACUCCCCGCAUCCGAAUUCGACCCGCUCGCGAGCGAUGGGGACGCCCCCGAGCUCGUGAGCACGCUCGCGCUAUCCGUCCCGCUCACCACGCUCCGCUUCUCCUCCGAGUCCAGCGUCCCGCUGCUGCUAUCCUCCUUCACUUUCUCCUUCUCCUCGAGCUCCCGCGCC